AUGGCCGACCUGGACCUCUCUGGCCCCAGGCUGAAGGCCUCCGGCUUCGGCGGCCUCGGCUCGGGGCCCGCGGCGAGCCCGCGCGGGGAGGAGGGCGACGUCGGGGGCUGCUUCUAUUACUACACGCUCCCCGAGCUCGCCCCCUGGUUCUGCUUCGAGGGCCACUUCGACACCUACGAGCUGGAGGACACGGGGCGCCGGCCGGCCAUGAUCUGGGACGACGCCGAGGGGGCGGAGGCCAAGGUCGAGGCCGGCGAGGUGCUCUACCCGUGCAUGGCCGCUGUCUGCAUGGGCUGGUCGUGGGCCUUCUUCUUCGCCAACGAAGCUGCCACCCACCGUGUGGAGCGGACUUUGGACGGAGGUGCUGACCAGAUCAUGCGGGAGAUGCAGCCUGCUCCAGUUUUGAAGCCUGGCAAGUGCGUGGCCGGCGCGUGCGUGGACAACGCGCAGGUCAUCGGUGGCUGCGCAGGCGACGCCGGGAAGCAGAUGCAUGAGAUUGAGAAGAGCUUUUGUGAAGAUAACAAACCUUUUGACGUGGGGCCUCGCGACGGUUUUGAGAUGCAGUCGCUGGGCCUGCGCUGGCUCGGCCACGCGGUGAACUUGAACCAGCUGUGCCCGGAGGCCAUGUCCGCGCUGAGCGUACCCAGGCGCGCGUGGCCGUCCGUGAAGUCCGAGAUCCGCUGUGCGAUGAACCUCUUUUUCCUGAUGGAGGCCGACCUGGGCGCCACCUUCUCCAACGAGGUCUACUGCGGUGACUCCUCCACCCGAGGCUACGCCCUCCACGUGACGAAGGCCGAGCCCGGCGAGUUGCGCGAGGCCUGGAGGUGGAGAGAGCGCUGGCGCUACCGCGACAUCCCCGUGCAGGAGGGCCACAUGACCGACGGCCUCGGCCACGUGCGGGGCGACGCGCCCGGCCUCGCGGCGGAGCCGCGCACGGCCUUCGGCCAGGUCGACCUGGGCGCGGGGGCCCCUCGCCUGGCCGACGGCUGGACCGGGCGCCAGCGCUGCCAGCUCGUCGCGGCGGACCGCUGGCGCUGGCAGGAGGAGUACAUCAAUCUGAAGGAAGCUCGGGUGGCCUUGAUGGGCCCACGGCGUCACUGCCGCACGGCGGGGCGGCUGGGCGCGGAGCUGCUCACCCUCAGCGACAGCCAGGUGACCGUGGGGGCCUAUGAGAAGGGCCGCUCCAGCGCAGGGCUGCAGACGCUGUGUCGGCGAGCGGCAGCGUACCGCCUCGGCGGCCAGAUCGCAUGGCGGCUCCGCUACAUCGAGACGGAUCGGAACCCGAGCGACCAGGACUCGCGCCGCUGGGGCACGAAGCGCGCGGCGGGGUCGGACCGGGCGGCGCUCUUGCUGUCGCGGGUUGGGCUUCCCUUCGCCGACCCCGUGGACAUGAAGGACGUCUGGGAGUUCGAUUUGUCUCGCAGAAGCACGCAGGACUUUAUCUUGGAUCUGGAAAAGCUGGGGGUCGAGUUCGCGCUCUUCACGGCCACUCUCUGUCACAUAUUAUCUCGCAGGGUGUGCUACUGGAGCGUCGAGAAUCCCAGGACUUCGAGACUGUGGAGUUUCGAGCCCGUCGCUCGACCUCGAGGGCUGCCCGCCGCCAUCGAGGUGAAUUUCGAUAUGAGUAUGUUUGGGGCACCCUACCGGAAGCCUACUAGGAUCCUGACGAACGCGGGGGCCCCGAGGGCCCUGGGGGAGCGACCCCGCGUCUCGCACAAGCACGCGGUCAUGCUGCACGGGCGCCUCACACCCCAAGCUGCCGCAUAUCCGUCAUCGUUGGGCGCAUGCUGGGCUGGCAUUUUGGCGGCCGGUCUUCCCCGGGGAGCGCUCGCCCGCGCCGUCGACUUCGACCCUCAGGAGCUCCGACAUGGGCUCCUCUGGGCAGCGGGCCGUCAGCCGACGCCUAGUGAAGCGGCAAUGCGCGGCGAGGGCAACGAGCUCGCCGGCGACGCCUGCAGAGCCGCCGACGAUUUCUUCGGGGCAGACCCCGCCAUCCAGUUCGGUCAGCCGUCGGCGGCGCGCCACGGGGGGGCCCUCCGGGUCCAGAGGCGCGACACGCUGGUCAUAGCGACAAUGGCGAACGACACUCUCAAGCGGUGCGCGGCUGCGGUGCGCGAGCUCGAACUCCACGCGAAGGCCAAGAAGCUCGACCUGCAGCCGCUGAGCUGCCUCAACGACUCCCUGCUCCCGUACUUCGUAGACCCGUUCGACGACGGCUUCGACGCGUGGGAGGGCCGCAACACUUUCUACUGCUACAGGCGCCCGCGGUUCCCGGCGACCGACACCAUCGUAGACAACAUCGCGCUGGACCUGGUGGAUCACAUCAUGCCGCUCCUGGGCGCCGCGGUGGUGCUCGAGAUGGACGCCAACCCCCUGCCCUCCGGGACCGUGGAGCUCCGACCAAGCCAGAUCCUGCCGCCCGCGCCGGCCGCGAAGCCUGGCGUGCACUUUGGCGCAGUCAUCGCGCCCUCCAACUGGCACGAGACGACAAAGACAGGCGGCCAGGACGACAGCACGCUGAACAGAAACGCGGCGCAUCCGUGGCUGGCGAGAGUGACGAACCUCCUCUUCAAGCCCAAGGCGCCCUACCCUCAGAGGCUAUUCACAUUCACCCUGGUCACCCUGCCCGAGUUCGAGCGCGCGGUCAAGCGCAGCAUGGACCGCCUGGGCUACGCGCCCCUCAAAGUGUGCCCUCGCGUCUUCAGGCGCAGCGGAGCCUCGAACAACAAGGCCCGCGGUCGCCGGACGUAG